CCAUCGAGCCGUUUUGAACCGUGCGCAGUUUCGUCUCCACAUUUCAACAUGUUUAACAUGUCGGCUAUGAACAGGAGACUAAUCAAAGACCUCGCUAAAACCAUGUCAAAGAACGUGGAACACUUCGAUAAAACAGAGACGGAGUGCCUGGUCCGGGAGUUUUACGUCCUUCUGGACGUGCACGUGAGUCCUGGCAAGGAAUGUCAGGGUGUGGACCGAGAGCGGUUCAGAGGCUUCCUGCACAGCGUGUUUGGGAUGAGCAGAGACACCAUGAUGGACGGAGUUUUCAGGGCUUUUGACAAAGACAGGGACGGAUUCAUCAGUUUGAAGGAGUGGAUCCAGGGACUGUCCGUGUUUCUCCGGGGGACUUUAGAUGAACAAAUAAAACACUGCUUCAGUGUUUACGACCUGAACGGAGACCAGUUCAUCUCCAGGGCAGAGAUGUUGCAUCUGCUGAAGGACAGCCUCCACAGACGGCCCACAGAGGACGACUCUGACGAAGACUACGACCCCGCUGAAGGAGUCAAAGAGCUGGUGGACAUGACGAUGAGCAGGAUGGACGCUGACGGAGACGGCCGCGUGUCUUUCGAGGACUUUCAAGCUGCAGUGAAACGGUCCAGUCUGCUGCUGGAGGCCUUUGGACCGUGCCUCCCCGACGCCUCGCCCGUCGAGAAGUUCGAGCAGCAAGUUUUCACGAGCAGCUACGACGACGUGUUGUAGGAGCCGCUUGUCACGUCUUUGAAUUCAGUUUAUAAUUAGAUUAUUUUAGGGUUGAUUUAAAUUAGUGUUUUUAUUAUAAUUCUUUAAUUUGUUUGG